AUGCCGCGUCACAGGGAAAGCCAGGAGGCGUUUUCUACCAUACCAAAAAAGGAGCAUCGUCAGGAUUCAGGAGCAUCUAGUCGGCGAUUAGAUACCUGCCGCUAUUGCAAGAAAAAGGGACACUGGAUCAGGAACUGCAUAAAAUGGAAGAAGGAUGGACGUCCGAAGCCGAGCUACCAGAAUGAACAAGGAAAUUGUGCAGAACCAACGUUAACUCUCGUCUCAGUCCACAAUAGCGUGUUUGCAGCAGAGGCAAACUCAGAGGUCGACUGGUGGAUAGACAACGGUGCAACAAAGCACGUUGUGAAGACUGCGAAGUAUUUCGAGCAUUUUGAGAAGUUUGAGAAUCCAAGUUGGAUCAGAGCAGCUGGAAAUGAAACCUUGUCAGCUUUGGGCCAGGGCACAAUCAAAGCCAAAACGAUUGUCAAUGGAAAAAUUCUUUUUCUUUCUUUGAAAAAUGUAUGGUUUGUUCCCAAUAUAAUGAAGAACCUGUUUUCAGUUUUGGCUGCCCAAGACAAUAAUCCAAGUAGUCGUUUUGAGUCGUCAGCAACCGAGUGCACCCUCAAAAUAAACGACAAGAUUAUCCUCGUUGGAGCCAGAGAAGUUGGAGGAACACUCUACAGAGCAGCGAUCGAGCCCAUACUUCCAGAACGAAACGUCGAUGUCAACGUCGCAACUUCAGGAACUUCAAUUCUCCAACUCUACCACGAGAGGUUGGGACAUAUGGCCAAGAAUCACAUCAAGGACAUGCUCAAAAGAGUAGCUUUUGCGAGCCUUGCAUCCUUGGAAAGGCACAUCGAUUGCCAAUUGGAACGAGGAAACCAGCGAUGA